GUGCAACGCAACUGCUGCCUGACCCUGUGCAACUUCAGCAUCCCAGAGGAACUGGAAUUCCAGUACCGCCGGGUCAACGAGCUGCUCCUGAACAUCCUGAACCCGACGCGGCAGGACGAGUCCAUCCAGCGCAUCGCCGUCCAUCUCUGCAACGCCCUGGUGUGCCAGGUGGACAACGACCACAAGGAAGCCGUCGGCAAGAUGGGCUUCGUCAUGACGAUGCUGAAGCUGAUUCAAAAGAAGUUGGUGGAUAAAACGUGCGAUCAGGUGAUGGAAUUCUCCUGGAGCGCCUUGUGGAACAUCACAGACGAGACCCCCGACAACUGUGAGAUGUUCCUCAACUAUAGCGGCAUGAAGCUAUUCUUGGAGUGCUUGAAGGAGUUCCCGAACAAACAGGAGCUGCACCGCAACAUGCUGGGCCUUCUGGGGAACGUGGCGGAGGUGCAAGAACUCCGCCCCCAGCUGAUGACCUCACAGUUCAUCAGUGUGUUCAGCAACCUGCUGGACAGCGAAGCCGAUGGGAUCGAGGUGUCCUAUAAUGCGUGCGGGGUCCUCUCCCACAUCAUGUUCGACGGGCCAGACGCCUGGGUGAUUCCCGAGCCGCGCAGAGAGGAAGUUGUGGACAGGAUGUGGGCAGCUAUCCAGCGCUGGGACGUUAACUCCAGAAGGAACAUUAAUUACAGGUCCUUUGAGCCAAUCCUUCGACUCAUUCCCCAAGGCAUCUCUCCAGUCAGCCAGCACUGGGCGACGUGGGCACUCUACAACCUCGUUUCUGUCUACCCGGACAAGUACUGCCCCCUGCUGAUCAAAGAGGGUGGGCUCCUCCUCCUCCGGGACAUGAUUAAAAUGGCCUCGGCACGACCAGAAACCAAGGAAAUGGGAAGGAAAGUCAUAGAGCAUUGCAAUAACUUUAUGGACGAGAACAUGGACACUUCAAGAUAGAGGCGACCAGGGCGGCCGUCUCCUGCUGGCACUGGAUUUAGCAUCUCUCCGAUUUCACUGUACAUAGGUUGGACUUUCUCACCAGCUUAGCUGUUGGAAGGAGCCAUUAUGAAUAUUUCUGUGUGUGUGUGUAUGCGCGCGCAUGUGCGUGUGUGUGUGUACAAAGACUGUCAGCAAAUGGAAAUGCACAUGAAUAGCAAUGGCCAGGGGGACAUAUUGCACAACAGAAUGCGUUCCUUUAAGUAGUGGUGUUUCCCCCAUCUCCUUUUGUUUAAGACGUACAGAUUGGAAUUUGUGUGUUUGAUUGUGUGCGUAUGAUUUCUGUAUAAAAAAAAGCGCAACAGUGACAUCACGUUAUCUGCCGACCUUUUCUAGAGCACACGGGACGCGUACAGUGGGCGCGAACGCAAAGAUCUAGCUGUAAGAUGGAGACAUGGCUUUUGUCCCUUUUCUUUUUUAAAAAACUUCCUUAAAUAUCUAGAUCGCUGCCUUCCAGUUUGGAUUGUAUGAGGUCUGGUGGCGCUCCCGCAGUUGAGUAGGUGAUCCAAAAUCGAUAUGACCGGGUCGCCGCAAGAGGGGGCCUGCACUGUACGUCGUGGUGGGAGGCAAACGGAGGCUGGUAGCUGUAAUGUUGGGGCUGGUGGUCUCGGGGCAGUUCAGCUGUCUGGAUGCAGCUGUCUUGAAAGACCAGCCAGAAGGCUUUUAGUCCCUUGGAUGUCACCUGACCCCUGCUGAGCUGCAGUUCCAUCCUCUGGCCAUCUACAGGGGUGGUGCUGAAGUGCAGCCGAGAGCAAGACUCCCCCUCUGCCGUGGUGGCACAGAGAACGCGUUGUGGAGGGUGAAGGGUUCGAGACCCCUUUGUAGGCGAGAGGUUCAGGUUUAAAAGCCACAAGUGGGGGCUGAUGCUGGUCAGCAAAACACCCAGGGAAAGGAUAAA